AGAGGAAGGAGAAAAAAAAAAAGGCAAGCAAGCGCAAAACCCCUGGUCCCCCCCCUUCUCCGGCCACCACCGCGUUUCAGAUCGGGAAGGGCGCCGCUCCCGCCGGAGAGGAGGAACCGCCGCUCCCUCCCCUCCAUUUCGAAAUCCCGUUUUGGCGGCCUCCGCCAUUCCAGCCAGCCCUCCUCCUCCGCUACAUAACUGCCUCGAUCUGUUCCCCAUUUCUCUCCCCUACCCCCGGACCCCACCCGCCGAGCCAAACCCUAGGGGCCCGCGCCGCCGACGAGGAGGAUGGCGGACAAGGAGAACGCGCCGGCGCCGGCGCCGGCCGCGGGGCCCCGGCUCACCCGAUCCGCCGCCAAGCGCGCGGCCGAGGCCGCCGCCGGCGCCGGCAGCGGCGGCCCCCCCGCCAAGCGGAAGCGGGUGGCGCUCGGGGAGCUCCCGGCGCUCGCCGCGAACGCCGCCGCCGUCAAGCGCGCCCCGCCGCCCCGCCCGGUCAAGCCCGCGAGGGGCGCCGCCAAGGCCGCCCGGCCCGGCAAGCCGGUCCCCAGACCCGCACACGCCCCCGCGGCUGCGGCCGACGCCGGAGCCGAGCGCUGCGGAUCCUCCUCCCCGCCGCGCGCCGCCGCGGGGGCCGCCGAUCCCGACCGCGACUCCUCCGCGUCCACCUCCCCUCCGCGCGCCACGGCCGCCGCGGACCCCGACCGCGACUCCGCCUCCUCCUCCCCCCCGCCGCGCGCCGCCGGGGCGGGGGCCGUGGCGCCCCCCGACGCGCAGCUCUGCGGGUCCUACGCCUCCGACAUCUACACCUACCUCCGCGCCCUGGAGGUGGAGCCGCGGCGGCGGCCGAGAUCCGACUACAUCGAGGCCGUGCAGUCGGACGUCACGGCCAACAUGCGGACCAUCCUCGUCGACUGGCUCGUCGAGGUCGCCGAGGAGUACAAGCUCGUCGCCGACACGCUCUACCUCGCCAUCUCCUACGUCGACCGUUUCCUCUCCGCCAACUUGCUCAGCCGCGACAAGCUGCAGCUCCUUGGCGUCGCCGCCAUGCUCAUCGCCGCGAAGUACGAAGAGAUCAGCCCGCCGCAUGCGGAGGACUUCUGCUACAUCACUGACAACACCUACACCAAACAGGAGCUUCUUAAGAUGGAGAGUGACAUACUCAAGCUGCUCCAGUUCGAGUUGGGCAAUCCAACAAUCAAGACCUUCUUGAGGCGGUUCACGAGAUCAGCCCAUGAAGACAAAAAGCGCUCCAUCUUAUUAAUGGAGUUCUUGGGGAGUUACCUUGCUGAGCUGAGUCUGCUGGACUAUGGUUGUCUCCGGUUCCUGCCAUCAAUAGUUGCUGCUUCAGUGAUGUUUGUUGCUAGGCUGACCAUUAAUCCUGAUGUCAAUCCUUGGAACAAGAAGUUACAGAAGGUGACGGGCUACAAGGUUUCUGAACUCAAGGAUUGCAUCGUAUCCAUACAUGACUUGCAGCUCAACAGGAAGUGUUCAUCAUUGAUGGCAAUUCGUGACAAGUACAAGCAACACAAGUUCAAAUUUGUGUCGACCCUGCUUCCUCCUGUCGUGAUCCCUACUUCUUACUUUGAAGACUUAGCGGAGUAGCUUGGUCAUGGACCCACACCACUGUAAGGCUAACAAUCUGAGCUUUCCUUGAGCUCUUAGGGAUAGGGGAGAACUACUGUUGGUGAGCUGCUUGUCAGUGAAGUAGGUGCUGAAAGCUAUUUAUGUGCUCCUGGUUCUUUAGGAGUUGCUAGUUAGUGAGACCAGGCAUUCUUCUGUUUUGUGAAUUGUAUUUUUUGUAUCAUAUCUUAGGACAUGUUGCCUUGGUCUGUUGGCCACAAAUUUGUAAUGUUUGAUAUGUUGGCUCGUUUCAUCUGAAUCUGAUUGAUUUCAGUAACAAAUUCUGUUAUGUCACGUGUGAAA